AUAUAUAUAUAUAUCCAUCACUUAAUACUCAGGAUAUUAACACUUGACGCUCGGUGACAGUAGCCGCGGUCACAGGCUCUCUCAUCCGCUUCAGACCCUCGCCACCUCAGCAGCAGCAGCACAAGCAGCAGUAGCGGUAGAGGACAGAAGACUGAAAGAUAGGCAGUCUCUUUCUCUCAGCUAGGCAAUAGUCAUUGUUGUAGUCGUGAUCGAUGAGUCUGUCCGGGAAGCAGCAGUUCUCCGCCAACUCGUUCUCCGGGUUCGGGAGCCGGAAGAUGGCAUUGUCCUCCGCCGGGGGUUCGUCAAUGCGCUCCAACUUCGGGAGCAGAAUGGGCAUUGGGGUCGGAGGAGGAGGCGCUAGUCUCGGAUUCGGGAAGGGCUUUGGAGACGGUGGAGGAGGAGGGUUCAGGAUGUCAUCCUCCAGCCACAUGGCAGGUCUGGGGAGUGGGAUGAGCACCGGUGGCAGCGGCAGCGGGAUGUUCGGUGGCGGUGGAGGCGGUGGAGGAGGUGGUUUCGGGUACGGUGGAGGUGUUGAGGACACGUCCCUCGGGUUCGCCGGUAACGAGAAGCAGCACAUGCACAACCUGAACGACCGCCUGGCAACCUACAUGGAGAAGGUUCGCCAGCUGGAGGCUACCAACCACCAGCUGGAGGAGAAGCUGAAGACCUUCACCUUCAACAAGGUGGAGGCGCACGACCUGACCAUCUACGACGCAACACUCAAACCACUCAUGGAGCAGCUCAUGGGUUUCCUGAUACACAACACUCAGAUUGCUGUGGAGAUCGACAACGCCAAGCUGACUGCUGACGACUUCAGAGUCAAGUGGGAGAAUGAGCUGUCUUUGCGCCAGUGUGUGGAGGGGGACAUCGGGGGUCUGAGGAACCUGCAGCGGGAGUUUGAGAUGAACAUCACAGCCAUGAUGCAGGACCUGCAGGGGUACGAGAACGAACGGGUCUCCAUGGCGAAGAGCCAUGAAGAGGAGCUGUUGUCCAUGCGUGGGGGGAUGACGGGCCAGGUGAACGUGGAUGUCCAGGCUACUAAGAGCCAGGACCUGUCUCUGAUGCUGGCUGAAGUCAGGUCGGAGUACGAGGCGGCCGUGGAGAAAAACCGCAGACAGGCCGAGGCCUGGUACAUGAAACAGGUGGAGAUGAAGCAGGCAGAGUCGGCGGUGGUGAUGGAGACGACAACGACGGCCACGUCGGAGAUGACAGAGUUACGGAACCGCUACCAGACCCUACAGAUGGAAUACCAGGGACUACGUAUGGGGAUGGUGAACCUAGAGGCCAGGCUGUUGGAGGUUCAGUCCCAGUUCCAGCAACGUCUGUCUGGGUAUAGUGGCAAGGUGAUGGGCCUGGAGGGAGAACUGACCUCCAUAAGGGCCAGCACCACUGAGCAGAGCCAGGACUACCAGAUCCUUCUGAACAUCAAGAGUCGUCUAGAGAUGGAGAUCCAGCAGUAUAAGCAUCUGCUGGAGGGAGCCGGCCUGGGAGGGGGCAUGGUCCCUGGAGGGGCUGACCUGGGAGGGGGCAUGUUGGUCUCUGGAGGAGCCGGGAGGUCGGCAGGUAAGGCUGUUGUGACCAGGACCACUGUGUUGGAGGUGAAAUCCUCAGGAGGAGGAGUGGGGACGGGAGGAAGCUCCAUGUUGAUGCAUUCCACUAGCUCCACCUCCAGCCGUUCUGGGGGUGGGGCAGCCAUGCUGUCAUCAGGAGGCGCCGCGAUGGUGUCCGGCAGUGGACCAACCAUGAUGUCAUCAGGAAGCCCCGCAAUGGUGUCUGGCGGCGGAUCAGCCACGGCGCCAUCAGCAGGAGGCACGGCGCCAUCAGCAGGAGGCACGGCCCCAUCAGCAGGAGGCACGGCGCCAUCAGCAGGAGGCACGGCGCCAUCAGCAGGAGGCACGGCCCCAUCAGCAGGAGGCACGGCGCCAUCAGCAGGAGGCACGGCCCCAUCAGCAGGAGGCACGGCGCCAUCAGCAGGAGGCACGGCGCCAUCAGCAGGAGGCACGGCGCCAUCAGCAGGAGGCACGGCGCCAUCAGCAGGAGGCACGGCGCCAUCAGCAGGAGGCACGGCGCCAUCAGCAGGAGGCGCGGCCCCAUCAGCUGGAGGCGCGGCCCCAUCAGCAGGAGGCGCGGCCCCAUCAGCAGGAGGCGCGGCCCCAUCAGCAGGAGGCGCGGCCCCAUCAGCAGGAGGCGCGGCCCCAUCAGCAGGAGGCGCGGCCCCAUCAGCAGGAGGCGCGGCCCCAUCAGCAGGAGGCGCGGCGCCAUCAGCAGGAGGCGCGGUCCCAUCAGCAGGAGGCGCGGCCCCAUCAGCAGGAGGCGCGGCCCCAUCAGCAGGAGGCGCGGCGCCAUCAGCAGGAGGCGCGGCCCCAUCAGCAGGAGGCACGGCGCCAUCAGCAGGAGGCACGGCCCCAUCAGCAGGAGGCACGGCCCUAUCAGCAGGAGGCACGGCGCCAUCAGCAGGAGGCGUCGCAAUGGUGUCCGGUGGGGGACCAGCGCUGAUGUCAUCAGGAGGCGUCGCGAUAGUGUCCGGUGGGGGACCAGCUCUGAUGUCAUCAGGAGGCGUCGCAAUGGUGUCCGGUGGGGGACCAGCUCUGAUGUCAUCAGGAGGCGUCGCAAUGGUGUCCGGUGGGGGACCAGCUCUGAUGUCAUCAGGAGGCGUCGCGAUAGUGUCCGGUGGGGGACCAGCUCUGAUGUCAUCUGGAGGAGCCGCGAUGGUGUCCAGCGGGGGACCAGCUCUGAUGUCAUCAGGAGGCGUCGCGAUGGUGUCCGGCGGGGGACCAGCUCUGAUGUCAUCUGGAGGAGCCGCGAUGGUGUCCAGCGGGGGAACAGCUCUGAUGUCAUCUGGAGGAGCCGCGAUGGUGUCCAGCGGGGGAACAGCUCUGAUGUCAUCUGGAGGAGCCGCGAUGGUGUCCAGCGGGGGAACAGCUCUGAUGUCAUCAGGAGGAGCCGCGAUGGUGUCCAGCGGGGGAACAGCCAUGGAGGGAGGUACAGCCACGGUGUCAUCUGAAGGUGGCACUGUGUCCGGCGGAGGUUCCAUGAUGAUGUCAUCGGGCGGGGGCAUGACCAUGUCCGGUAGCAACUCGUCUUCCACCAGCAUGUUGACCAGCUCCACCAUGGAAGGUAAAGUCUCUACUGGUGAUAUUACCAUAGUUCCCAUAUAGUGAUUCCCUUCUCUGAUUCACGUCACAGCACUCUCCAGGACCAUGGAACCCCCUACACACACACACACACACACACACACACACACACACACACACACACACACACACACACACACACACACACACACACACACACACACACACACA